AAGAAAGAUCAAGCACAAAAUAAUAUUACAAAUCAAUUCUUCGAUUCUUCAAAUGAUCUAGAUAAUGAAACAUCAAAUGAGCUGCAAAUAGACAAAAUAGAAGAAUCUGACAAUAUUGCUGAGAAUAUUCCUACAAACCUUGCUAACGUUCAAAAUCCUUCUCAUGUUGUUGAUAAAGGAAGACCUCUGAAGCAAAGAUAUCUAACUGGCCACAACUCGGCUUUCUAUAAAAAUAAUUCCAAGAAUAAUCAUGCUGAAACAUGUAACAAUUGA